UAUGCAAUUGACCAGAUGGCAGUAUCUGGCAACUGCUCCGCUCAAAUAAAUAGUACAGCGCGUUGGUCGAGAGGCACAGAUCAGGUGUGGCAAGUGAAGACAUCUCACAGAAAAAAAAUAACAGUCCUUGACAAAAUGACGGUUUUCUCAGCUCUGUGUUUGGUGGCUGUGGUAGCCGCGGCCAUCGCAGCUCCUAGCGACCCCGCUGUGUUAGUGCCCCACGUGUCCCCGAUUGCCCACAGUCAGUCUAGCGUCAUUGCCUCAGUACACGACUCGGAGAACCAUGAAGAACCUGCCUCCACAGACGAGGACGAACACGUCUUCGGAGGUUCUCGUCACACAGUCGUCGGCAGUGUUGCAUCGAGUCCCGACCGUGGAGUUUUCGGAAGUCGACCCACCAGAACUGUUACUUUGGAGGCUAACCGCCCCGUUGUUGGCGGCCCAUCUGUGUUAGUGCCCCACGUGUCCCCAAUUGCCCACAGUGAGUCUAACGUCACUGCCUCAGUACACGACUCGGAGAACCAUGAAGAACCUGCCUCCACAGACGAGGACGAACACGUCUUCGGAGGUUCUCGUCACACAGUCGUCGGCAGUGUUGCAUCGAGUCCCGACCGUGGAGUUUUCGGAAGUCGAUCCGCCAGGUCUGUUACUUUGGAGGCUAACCACCCCGUUGCAGGACACGACGCCGGCAGCUCCCACGACGAGACCUCCGGCAGCAGCGCCAGCCUGAAGCCACACAGGCAGGAAACCACCACUCGCCGCGGAAUCCCUAUUCCUGUCGUCCUCGGUGAUGACGGCCGACCCAUCGCUCAGGCACAGGUCGGACAUCCAUCUCUAGCUGUGACCCACGGAGACGCCCACGACACCGAGGCAGUGACUGAGCACGAUGAGGAGGCACACGAAUCGUCUGCCGAGGAAGAGGAUUCAGAACAUAGCUCUCAGGUCAGUCACCAUUAAAAUCAGCUUCGUCACUUGACCCAGCUUGACCUCCUGCAACCCUUACAGGGCAUUGCCGCGAGAGUGCCCUGAGCGCUUUGCUCACCAACGCUGCAUUUCAAAACAAACAAAAAAAAUGUAUAAACAAUAGCUGAGCUAUAUUCUGUUCCUGUUUUUGUUAACUGAUUGUGUUUGUCGUUUGAAGGAAUACACUGUUACAUCAUAAUACCUCUGAGAAAAAAUAUGUUCGUGUGAACAAAGCUCAAAGGCUUCGAACACGACUGGCUUGUGAAUGAACUGCUUUGCUUCGUUCACUCGAACACUUUUCCAGAGAAUGUCCUUGUUUGUGUGUUGUCUGUGUUAAAACAUCAUUUCAUUUCAUCUGUGGAAUGUUCCCACCUAGAUCUGUCUGUUCUUUUAGUAUUAUUUGUGUAUUUUCUUUGUAUCACGGUUACUCGUGAUAUGUAAAUUAACAGUGAGCAGCUAUUUGAUCAUUGUGUAUCUUGGACUGUUAAUUCCAUUGGUUAAUUAAUUCUGUAAAACCAAAAAAAAUCUAAAUAAAGACCAGAUAUGUAGCUUU